AUGGCGGCGGCGGUGGGCGUGGCCAGCCGCUCCGGGGCUGCGGGGAGGAGUGGGAUCAUGGCGGCAGCCGAGGAUCCGAGUCCCGGGGAUGAGGAAGAGGAGGAGCAGCUGGUUCUGGUGGAAUUUUCGGGAAUUAUCGAUUCAGACUUUCUCUCAAAAUGUGAAAAUAAAUGCAAGGUUUUGGGAAUUGACACUGAGAGGCCCAUUCUGCAAAUGGACAGCUAUGUCUUUGCUGGAGAGUAUGAAGACACUCUUGGGACCUGUGUUAUAUUUGAAGAAAAUGUUGAACAUGUAGAUGCAGAAGGCAACAAUAAAACAGUGCUAAAAUAUAAAUGCCAUACAAUGAAGAAGCUCAGCAUGACAAGAACUCUUCUGACAGAAAAGAAGGAAGGAGAAGAAAGCAUAGGUGGUGUGGAAUGGCUGCAAAUCGAGGAUAAUGAUUUUUCCUAUAGACCCAACAUGAUUUGUAACUUUCUACAUGAAAAUGAAGAUGAAGAAGUUGUAGCUCCAGCCCCAGAUAAACCUGUGGAAUUGGAAGAGCAAGAGAUUCAAAUGAAAGAUAAUUCAAACCUGAGUUAUGAACAGGAGAAAUCACCACACUUGGAAAUAGAAGAUUCUGGUCCUCUUACUGAUAUUCCUUCUGAAACAGAAAGUUCUGUUUUUAUGGAAACUCAAGAUGCUACCUUAGAAAUCACUCCUAAAUGAAAUGGUUUUUAAUAAUAGUCAGAAUUUUUAAAAGUUUUUAUAUAAAAUAAUUGUGUAGCUUUCAGUUGUUCAGUAUUUUAUUAUUUUUAUUGGUUGUACACAUUUUCAGUUAUAGCUACAACUUAAUAUAUCAUAAUCAUUAAGGAACAGAUAGAAUUUUUAAAAAAUAUGGUUAGCCCUGGCCAGUGUGGCUCAGUUGGCUGGAGUGUCCUUUACACCAAAAGGUAGCAGGUUCAAUUCCUGGUCAGGGCACAUAUCCAGGUUGUAGGUUUGACCCCUAGAUGGGGCAUGUAUAGGAGCCAACCAAUAAAUGUUACUUACACUGG